AUGGUUUACGUCGGGGAGGAGUGCUGCUCUAGCUACCUGAGCGGCCUGACCGAGUUCCUGCGUCUGUUCGUGACGCUUCACCUGCGCCGGCUGGAGGCCUGGCCCCAGUUCCCGGUGCUGGACCUGCUGGCUCUACUCUUCCGCUACACCUUCCUGCAACCCGACCUGGACGCCUACUACGGCUGCCUGGACAUCUGGGCCGUGUUCCUCGACCAUCUGGCCACCAAGUGCAGCCUCAAGACUGAGAACCGCGAGGCUGUCGCCGCCAAGUACCACGAGGCGGUGCUGUCGCUGCUGGAGCGGCUGGACGACGAGCGCGAGGACCCGGACGGCCAGACCGAGUGGAGCGAGCUGCUGCGGCGCACGGCCGACCUGCUGGAGCGCGUGGCCACGCUCUACCCGCUGGACGUGCGCGCUCUGCUGCUGACCGGCUGGCACGAGACGCUCGAGCCGUACGUGUCGCUGCCGUCCCUGCUGGUGAGCGCCGCCGCGUUCGGCUCCGCUCAGCGGCUGCACGAGGCCGAGCUGCCACCGGGCGCGCUGCGGCCCACCCUGGUGGAGGUGCACGCCCAGAGCCUGGCCACGCUGCGGCCCUGGUGCCACUGGAUGACGGCCGCGCUCGCCGGCCACCUCUCCACCAGCGUUCAGGUGGACGACCUGGUGGCCGAGAUGACGGUGGCGGUCACGGUGCGCUCGGGCGCGCUGGUCGACUGCCCGCAGAUCCAGCAGCUGUAUGGUCGCGCCGGGCAGCUGACGCUGGGCAAGCAGGACCGCCUGCUGCUGUACCGGGCGCUGUCGAGCCUGCUGCUGCUGCCCUGGCAGCGGGCCGGGGACCAGCUGUGGGAGGAGCGGCGUCGCCACCUGGCCGUCUUCCUCGACUCGCUGACGGCCGAGUUUCGCCGGCUGCGGCUGACGCCCGGCCUCGCCGACAGCAGGGAGCUGCGCGACCGAGCCAAGCCCGUGAUCAGCCAGACCCUCUCGACGCUGUCGGAGAUCGUGACCAACGUGCGCAGCGAGGUGACCAAAACCAAGCAGCUGUGCCACGACUGCCUGCAGGACACCAUCCGGGACUCGCUCUGGGUCUUCACCGUGUUCGCCGCGCAGCCCGACGUGUGCCAGGACGUGCUGUCCUUCUUCCUGGCGGCGUUCGAGGCGCUGCGGGCGCAGAUGGGCGGCCAGUUCGCCGAGCAGUGUGUCCAGAUGUUCAUCGACGUCUUCAGCAGGGACGCGCUGGCCAGGAACAUGCUGGAAGAGGGUAGGUGGCGGCUGAGACUGAAGGUGCCCUUCUUCGACCUGCUGGCUGCCGUGCUGGAGCACAACUGGCGCUACUUCUUCAGGAGCUCAGUGCUGAAGACGCUCAGCUCCGUGGCCGAGGAGGACGAGGUGACGAACGAGAAGCAGUUCGUGGUCAUCCUCGAGGCCAUGGGCCAGUCGUUCCUGCAGGCCGACAUCAACGUGUUCCGCCUGAACUUGGCCACACUGCAGAUGCUCAACUGCAAGUGGAAGCUCUAUCACAAGCCGGUGUUCCGCCGCCUGCUGCUGGCACGCUUCAUGACGGUGCUGCUGCAGACGCUGCUGCAGCGCUCGCACGACCUGCUGCGCGACGAGAUCGCCGGCUGCCUGCACGAGCUGGCCGCCGUCGACUUCGCCGACUUCUUCGACCGGUUCGUGCCGGGCGUGCUGCUGGACACGCCGGGCCUGGACGCGCCGCAGCGGCGCACGCUGGCCGCCCUGCUGCCGCGCCGCACCGACCUGCCCACGUUCAGCGCCGACCUGCACCGCUUCGUCAGCGACCUGCGCUACUACCCGGCUGGUCAAUGA